AUGCUAACACAGACCAAGGUGUCCUGUGGAGAGCAAGGAAUGAGACCCAUCACCGUCUUUGGCCCUUCCGGUCGGUAUUGCCUGACCAGGGUGGUCCAAACCUUGACUGCCUGUGUGCUCCACGCCCUAAAUUUGUGGCCCAAGCACUGCACUCCCAAAGAGGCUGUGGGUUUGGCUGUCGAGGCGACCAUCAUUGGGCCAAGCGCAGAAAAUGCGAAAUAUGGACUAGCCACAGUGGCAGGCCUUGUUGCCGCAUCGCCAGCACCCUACACCGAUGUCUUGGGCCGUACCUGCCUACCUGAGAUUCGCGCACUCGGCUACAAGCGCAAAGUCCAACCAUGGGCCAAGUUGACAUCCAUCUUGUGUGCAUCUUCGUCAAGCAAUUGA